GCUGGACCUUGAUCCACUCGCACGCUUGUCUGUCUGCGUGAUAAGCGCGUGUGCGUGGAAGUGUGCGUGUAUACGCGCGCGUGUGAGUGUGUGCGUGUGUGGAGAGGGCAGAUACAGUAGAAAGUCGGCAGUGUUCUUCCACAUAAGCGAGCAAGAGUUGAACUUGGUGCGAUGGCGUACGGACGACUUCUUUCUGGGUCACCCGGAGCGUUUUAAAAAAAACGGAAAAGUCAGCUUCGUCCCACAAGCGUUUUUGUGCACGAGGAAUAGCAACAAAGAACGGGAGCGCGCAUUCAUGGGACGCGACUUUGACAGGUUUCGCCUGUAACUUAAUUUUUAUUUAUUUUUUAUUGUAUUUUUUGAACCGACGGUUCGCGAGGAGAUCAUGGCCGAGGCGGCUCUCCCCGACGUGGCCAUCGACCCGGAUUUCGAGCCGCAGCAGCGGCCCAGGUCGUGCACCUGGCCCCUUCCACGUCCGGACUCGGGCGCCGUGAAGCCGGAGAGCAACGACAUCAUCCCCGAGGAGGAGGACGACGAAGAGGACGGCGCGAACCAGCAUAUGGCGGUCGGUGGGAACGCGUCCGACCGGAGCAGCAGCAGCCCUCUCCCCGACGGCGCGCUCUCCUCCCCCGGGCAGGAGAGCGGAGGCUCGCCGCGCUCCGCGCACUCUCCCUCGGCCGCCUCCGGUGCGCUCACCCCCAGCGGCUUGGCCGUCCAGCAGACCCCGAGGAAGGCGUCGUCUCGCCGGAACGCCUGGGGAAACCUCUCCUACGCCGACCUCAUCACCAAGGCCAUCGAGAGCACCCCGGACAAGAGACUGACGCUGUCGCAGAUUUACGAGUGGAUGGUGAGAUCCAUCCCCUACUUUAAGGACAAAGGAGACAGCAACAGCUCUGCAGGAUGGAAGAACUCCAUCCGCCACAACCUGUCCCUGCACAGCCGUUUCAUCCGUGUCCAGAACGAGGGCACAGGCAAGAGUUCCUGGUGGAUGAUCAACCCUGACGGAGGAAAGGGCGGCAAAGCCCCUCGCCGCCGCGCCGUCUCCAUGGACAACAGCAACAAGUACACCAAGUCGGCCCGUGGCCGUGCCGCCAAAAAGAAGGCGGCCCUGCAGGCUGCGGCAGCCGCGGCCGGCGAAGGCGGCGCAGACAGUCCCUCCGGUCUGUCCAAAUGGCCGGGGAGCCCGACGUCGCGAAGCAGCGAGGAGCUGGACGCCUGGACGGACUUCCGCUCCCGCACCAACUCCAACGCCAGCACUCUAAGCGGCCGCCUGUCCCCCAUCCUGGCCAACCCGGAGCUGGACGAGGUUCCUGAUGACGAGCCGCCUCUCUCGCCGAUGCUCUACGCCAGCCCCGGCAGGGCUUUGUCCCCAGGGAAUGCGGCCAACACGCCCAACGGGAAGGCCGUCCCCGCAGAGCUGCCUCGCCUGGCGGACCUGGCUGGUACCAUGAACCUGAAUGACGGCAUCACAGAUGACAUGAUGGACGAACUGCUGGAUAACAUCAACUUGGUGCCAACCACUCCGGGACAAGUCCCUUUAAACGGCUCCUCAGGGUUCGCUUUUGUCCCCAAAACCAACGGGCUGAUCUCGCCGUCCCCGGCUCCCGCCCCCGCCUCCAACUCUCCGUCCAACGGCGGCGGUAACUUCAGCAACUCCAUCUUCGGCCCGCACGCACCGGGCUCCUCCCUGCGUCCGGCGCCCAUGCAGACCAUCCAGGAGAACAAGCAGACGUCCUUCUCCGGCAUCGGCACUUCGCGCUUCGGGAGCGUGAUGCUGCAAGACCUGCUCAACUCGGAAAGCCACAUCCCUAGCGACGUCAUGAUGACGCAGUCGGACCCGCUGAUGUCGCAAGCCAGCGCCGCCGCUGUCGUUUCCCAGAACUCGCGCCGCGGCCUCAUGCUCCGAAACGAUCCCAUCAUGACGUUCGGAACCGGCAGCGGACUUCAGGGCAGCCAGGGGGAGAUGGUCCAGAGCAACAACCACAACCAGAGCGCCAUGAGGUCCAUGAACAGAGGUCUGAAUCUGACCAACGAAGUGAACUCUCUGGCCAAACAGCAGCUCCUUCUGUCGCCCGUGGGGGUGAACGGCUCCUCCUCCAUGCAGAUUGACACCUCCAUCUUCUUGAACGGAGCAGUGAGCGGCACCGGGGGACUCUGCCAGGACCGCUUCCCCACAGAUCUGGACCUGGACAUGUUUAACGGCAGCCUGGAGUGUGACAUGGACUCUAUCAUCAGGAACGAGCUGAUGGACGCCGAUGGCCUGGACUUUAACUUUGACUCACUGGCGAACAUGAACGGCGUUGGCGGCUUCACGGCCACCAAGCAGGCGUCUCAGAGCUGGGUACCCGGUUGAGGAGCUUCCCCGUGGAGCAGGUCCGAACUGUGUACUGCAGGAGGAACACAAAUCCAGACCCGCACUCUUUUUAUUUGCCAAAAGCAGCCAUCAGCACAUCAAAUACCAACCUUGUGUUUACAGAGGAAGACUUGUCGAGAGCUUUAACGCUUUGCUCCAAAGCCCCGCCACUUACCCUCCAAACCUCCCCCGCUCCUUCGUUGACGAGGCGGGAAAAGGCCCGACGAGACUUCUCGGGGGGAAAAAAAGCCUCCUCCAAAAAAAACAUAAAGUGGCGGAAUUAUGCGAGUGGCCGCGAAAGAGACAUCAGAUGGAGGCGGACAAAUGGCGUGCUGGAAGUCUUGUCUUGUAUUUUCCUCCCUGAUUUGAAAUGUUUUUGUUUGUUUUCUGACCUAUAAUCGCUUCUACGUGGACAUGAGUUAGCGAUGAAACGCCGCGCACGUCCACUUUUGAAUUUGAAGGGCGUUUGUGUCCGACGGCGGAAGGAUACAGGAAGAAAAAUAGUCCCUUUGUGGGUGUUUGUGUGCAGCGCAAGAAGGCUUUUAAAUGAUACAUGUAUGAUGUAGC